UAUGUAUCAACGAAAUCGACAUGUUAACGCUGCUCACCUACCACGAAAGUCUCAAGAAUUUUAAUUAGUUCACAGUGAAUGCAGAGUGGAAUGCAGAUAGUUGGGCGAGUGCGCUAAACAUAUGGCAGAUGUGUUUAAUAAACAUAGAGGAUCGCGCUUGCAUGGCGGUGUCUAAAUCACGACUACGCAACAGCACACAAGUUUGAGAGUGAAUUUUCCCCAGAUUUCAUCUCACCGCACCGUAAUCACACAUGGAUACGAUUAGACGCAGAAUGUCAAGUCCGAACCGGUUCAAUAUUUUUGGCAGACUAUCGGGACGUCCUACGAGCCUGCAGGAGAAUCCCAGUCCGGAUGAGAAUAAAAGGCCUCAGUCUGUCGUCGUAAAUUUCAAGGAGAACGAAGACAUCGGAGAUGCGGAAUCUUCCCACAGUACCAUCUCUUCCGAAGACAGUGCGGAUCUAGGAGUGUUUGCAUGCGCCAGACAGCGUCCCAAGUCGCAACAGCUAUGGGAAAAAGAGGAUAUAACUUUGGCAUUGUCCGCUCUCCCGGCAGGAGAGGCGGCACUGGCUCUGAUUCCUUCGCUCCAUGGGGAUGAUCUGGCGACGGCAUUGCGAGAGAGUCAAAAUCUCAAUGUCGGAGAUACCAGUAUAAGGGGGCACAGGCUAUCGACUCCUAGUUUUGUUAAUCGAUACAUAAGAAAGGCGUCACUGGCUGCAGAAAACGAUGCAGCUGCAGCGGCAGCACCUGGUGAGCUGAUUUCCAAAUGGCCAAACACUUGCCUGCUUGUAUCCUGUUUCUGUGGAAAGCUAGAGCUGGUAAAGUACCUGUUGCAGAGAGGAGCACGAGUUGACGCUUGCGACGGUGACGGCAGAACGCCCCUACACCUGGCUGCAUGUUCAGGUUCGGUUGAAAUAAUCGAGGAGUUGUUGAAGCAUAAUGGCAACCCCGAAGAGUGGGACGCGCACAGAAAGUGCACUCCGCUACACUGUGCGGCAGCAGCUGGGGAUGUCAAGUCCGUGAAGCUGCUGCUGAAAUCUGGCGCCAAUGUCGAUGCCGGUCUGUCAGGGAACAGCAUGGAACAUGAGAAAACUCCGCUGCACUAUGCAGUCCUAAACGACGCCAGCGAUUGCGUAGAAGAGCUACUGAGGGCGGGUGCUUCUCCAAAUAAUUCAGUGGUUUACACAGAAACGCCGUUGCACGUUGCAGCCAGUUUAGGCUCGGCACGUUGCGUAAGUCUUUUGUUGAACUACGGUGCAGAUGUAAGGGUACAAUUUGGAAGUGCAAGAUCGACGCCUUUGCACUUAGCUGCGGAAGAAGGUAGCGCAGAUUGCACGAAGCUACUACUGGAAGCAGGCGCGCCGUGGGAUGCACAAAAUUCCAGAGGUCAGUCAGCAAUGCAUUUGGCAGCCUUGGCCCAGUCUGCAGAAACGGUGGAUCUCCUGAUUAAAGCUAGCAGUAGCGUAAAUAUGGAAGACAGCGACGGUAGGACACCGCUGCAUGCCGCCGUCGCCAAAGCUAUGAGGGGUGGGGAAUUGGUGAAAGCGUUAAUCCAGGCGGGAGCUCUGGUCAACAAGCCUGACAAGUACGGAUAUACUCCGCUGCAUACAGCUGCUUUGAACGAAAAUUCGUCACUGGUUACACUGCUGCUGACCAAAGGUGCGGAUGUCACAGCGCGCACAAAGGGCGGAAUUUCGGCACUGUGUUUCAUCGUGCGUAGAACCCCCGACGUAUUGCCAAAAUACGUGGGUCGCCUAGAUCAGGCUAUUUCUUUGCACGACCAUGAACUGGGCGAUGUAGAUUGCGAGUUGAAGCUGGAUUUUAGACCACUGAUGACUGGUGGCCGAGGAGAGGCAGAGUUAUUUCUUUGUUUGAUCGAAGCUGGUCAGAGACAUAUUUUGAAACAUCCGCUGUGCGAAAGCUUCUUGCACUUGAAGUGGUUACGUAUCAGGAAAUUCUUCGUAUUUAGCCUUGUUUUUCACUCCCUGUUCGCGAUCAUAUUUACGAUUUACAUUUUCUUAACAUUCUACAUGGAAUUGGUCACGUGGGAGAAAUUCCUUUACUGGCCUGUACUUGGAUUCACAUGUACGCUAGCAUGCAAAGAACUUUUUCAAGUAGCUCAUGGCAUAACGGGUUAUGCAAAACGCUGGGAAAAUUGGCUGCAGUGGAGCGUCAUCAUCAUUUCUGCGAUAGUUUUAAUCUGGCAGAAUAAAAGCUGGUCCUUACAUGCCGCAGCGAUAGGUGUUACGUUAGUCUGGGUUGAGCUCAUGAUAGUCGUUGGCCGAUUUCCAAUGUUUGGCCUUUAUAUACAAAUGUUCACACAAGUCGCGGUAAACUUUUUUAAAUUCCUUGGUGCCUAUUCCUGUUUAAUAAUCGGUUUUUCGUUAGGUUUCACAGUGAUUCAUAAGGACUACAAGUCAUUCGCGAAUCCAGGGGUGGGAUUGAUAAAAACAAUAGUAAUGAUGUCGGGAGAAUUGGAAUUUGAAGACAUGUUCUGGAGUGGCGAGAAUGAAUCAAUCGCGCGUGGUGCUACUAUGCAUCUCAUGUUCUUGGUUUUCGUUAUAUUGGUCACUGUGAUUUUGACAAAUUUACUGGUAGGUCUGGCCGUUUCUGACAUACAAGAGCUGCAGCGCUGUGCCGGCUUAGAGAGAUUGAUUAGAAGAGCUGAGCUGGUGGCGCACUUGGAAAGUUUGUUAUUCUCAAGACUCUUGGAUUAUACCUCGAUAAAAAUAGUAAGGAUAUUUCGGAAAGGAGCCUUAUUGUUGCACCCCCCACAUCACUGCGGUGUAAACAUUCGCCCUAAUGAUCCUCGAGAUAAAUGUCUUCCAAGAGACUUGGCAAAAGCUGUAUAUCACUUGGUUGCCAAAAAAAAACUUCGCAGCAGAGUACCCAGAUACCCGUCAAAUCAAAGCUUGAUUAGUACGAGUGCAGGAGACAUAAGAAUGAGCAAAUUUCAGAGAUUUCCAUCGACUAGCGAAUAUAGCAGGCAGCAGAUUACUGAAUUAGUUGCUGACCUGAAGAAAUGCUCGACUAAAUUGGGAACGCAAUUAGACGUGUUGACUAAAAAAGUUGAACUCAUAGCCCAAGAAAUGGAUCAGAACGGAUAGUGAUUAGCUGUGUGAAGUUUAAGUUACAGGAUGGGCUAUGAAUACUCACCAACAAC